AUGCUGAAGAAACAGAGUCAAGCUCCGACCAAGAGUCCCUGUGCCAGCCAGCUUGAUUCCGCUAUGUUGCAUGUGGUUUGGCACGGAGAGCCAGCCGUUUUUUCCCAGAUGCACGUUCUGGGUGCAGGGGCUUAUGCCAAGGUUCUGCAGGUGAAGCAUACAAUCACUGGAGCUGAGUAUGGCAUGAAGGUGGCCAAAGCUAGUGGCACGAAUGCCAGUCUUUCCGAGUAUGACUUGUACACACAGCUGCAGGGACAUCCUCACAUACUGCAGUGCUUCGGGGCAGUUACCGUCUCUACAAAUGACGGCCCUCGCUUUGGCCUUUGCUUGGAGGUUGCAUCAGAGAGCCUGCUGGAUUAUCUGAGGCGGGAGGAGAAUCAGCUUGCAACUCAGGUUGCAAAUGGCAGCGGGCUUUCUGGCCGGUGGGCUUUACUGUGGCAGGCUGCUCAGGGGCUGAACUGGAUGCACCACAAGGCAGUCCUUCAUGCUGAUUUGAAGCCCAACAACAUGCUCUUGUUCAAUGGCUCCCUGCUGAAGAUUGCAGAUUUUGGCCUCAGUGUGAGACUAGACAAGGCAGGUCUGGCACGUGUGGAGGCAGACUCAGUCUAUGCCAGACCCUACCGUCCAUGGGAACUCUUGGAAAAACAGGACAAGCAGGAUAACUUGGCGACGGUGUCAGCUGCUGCAGACAUCUAUGCCCUGGGCUGCUGUGCUUACGAUCUGUUUACCCAUGCCUCCCUGAUCCUUUUUCCAAACUGUCGCGACCUGGGGAUGGCUUUGAGAGGCAUACUGCCUCAAAAAGUCGAGAAACUUUUCGGCAAGGCUCGAAACCUUCGAUGUUCUGAGGGCUGGCUUGCUGAUUACGAGCGACAAUUUGUCCAUGGAACAGUUUGCGAGGCAGCCCGUAGAUUGAGCAUUGCUGAGAUCAUAGAUAGAUGUAAGCUCGGCAUGCACAAGUCGAGAGAUUAG